AUGGCUAUCUGUAAAGUUUUCUACAAUCACUGUAUUCAAAAUAAUAUCAGUUUAAAAGCUGAAAAUUUCACCUUGUCAUAUGAUACUAAUAUUCCUCGGCAGGCUGGGCUGUCGGGUUCGAGCGCGAUUGUUUGUGCUGCUCUAAGCUGCCUUCUUGACUCCUAUGAUGUCAGGCAUCUAAUAAAAGUUGAAAUGAGACCUAAUCUAAUUCUCAAUGCUAAGAAAGAGGUUGGAAUUGUUGCUGGACUCCAGGACCGAGUGGCACAGGUUUAUGGGGGACUGGUUUAUAUGGAUUUUAGCCAGGAGCAUAUGGACAAGCUGGGUCAUGGUAUAUACAUGCCACUGGAUGUUAAUCUGCUUCCUUCUCUAUACCUCAUCUAUGCAGAGAACCCCAGUGACUCUGGCAAGGUAAGAUUAAUGUGCCUGCCUGAACACAUGCAUGGAAUGGCAAGGGAAAUGUUUGGGGAUGGUGUACUUGGUUCGGUGAACAUAAAGAUGGUGGAGGCGGCAUCCAAGUUCACUGGCAGCGGAGGUGCAGUGGUUGCGCUGUGCCCAGAUGGGGAUUCGCAGGUGGAGCUUCUCCGCAAGGCAUGCCAGGAGGCCGGCUUUGUAGUACAGCAGGUGAAAGUUGCUCCCUCGGUGCUGACGGAUGCGGAGCUGUCAAGUUUAUUAGCUUCCUAG